AUGACCAGUACCACUCUGUGCCAGCUCCAGAUCUGUCCCCGAGCUGACCACAGACAUCUGUAUCAGUCGGAAGUUGUCACAUCACCUCCCAGCUCAGGCCCUGUACCAGGAUAUAAAACACUGAAAGAUCAACAGGUGUCCUGGCUGAAGAUGUUCAAGGUUUUAGAGGAACAGCACCGGACAGAGCUCCGGUCACAGUACUCGGAGCACCAGCGCCUCAUCCAAGACAUCCAGGACCAGAUGGAGCGAGAGCUGCACAAGCAGCAGUCUGCCAUCCAGCACCGCCUUGACUCACACCGAGAGCUGCUCCGAGACGCUUCGCCCAUGGCUGACCGUGUCCUCAGUGGCCUCGCCACUGACCAGUACAGCCGGCACCCCAUCUCUCCAGUCGUGGAGUCUUAUAGAAGUGGAUUGGUGGAUUACAGUUCUGGAGAUUCAGGAGAAGGGGAUGAGGACCAGAUACCAUACAGUGGACCAUCUCGAGGACCCACGUCAGCGGACCCAUUGAGAACACCCACCCUACGGCCCCAUCAAGAGAGACGGGUUCCGUCUUACGGCGAUCUUGCUGAAUAUCAAGUGCAGCAAUCUACUUCAUUGCCCGUCCGUAGGUCCCUUGAACACGCUUUUGACUCUCCUACUCGGUCACCCGAAAGGAGCUAUGUUGCCAUGGAGACUGGAUAUGUAUCACCAAGGAGAUCUACAGGAAUGGGAGAUUCCAGCUUGUCAAGGUCAAGGUCAGAUGUUACAGAAGACCGUCUGCUCCGGGGCGGGGUAUACAGCAGUCCUAUGCCGAUCUCCAAAGUGAAGAGCUCAAACAGGUCAUUGUCAUUUUCAAAGAAAUCCCUGUCAGAAAGUCAGCACUCUAGCCCCCCGCCAAUGCAUGAGCACCGACCCAGUCCUGCUGCAGAGCGCCCGUUUGAUGUGCGUCUCCGUCCAGAUCUGUCCCACCGCGGAGAGGAGUCUGUGUUGAUGGGAGACUCCCUGUUUGACGAUAGUCAGCUGUCAAUGAGUACCCGAAUCAACCUGCGAGAGAAGCACGCCAAGCACCUGUCUGACUUGCGGGAAUACUACGAGGCGGAAAUGGCAGAACUGAGGUCAUCACUAAGUGCUACACAUACACCCAGUGAAUCUGCACACGAACGAAUCCUGCGAGAAGAGAGUCAAGAACUUAAACUUCGAUGUCAGAGCUUAGACGAUCAACUACAUGAUGCCAAAGUGCGAAUAAGGGACCUAGAACAAAAAUUACAAGGUUUAGAAAUCCGUGCAACUGAUUACUGGACUAAGCUAUGA